CGUCCGGCCGCCGAGCAGUACCCAACUCCCGCUCUCGACGGCGGGCAGGGGGCGCUGCGCGUCCAGGCGCUCCGAGGGGGCGGGCCCGGGGCGGGGCGGGGCCGGCCGGGCUUCCAGGCCUGGGCUCUGGCCGCCCGCGCCACCCGGCCGCUCCGGGGACGGGCCGGGGCGGGGCGCGGCGGCAGGAAACGGGGCGGGGACUCGCGGAGGCGUUGGGGACGAGAGAGGGCGCGGCCAACUCCCGGGGGGACGGCAGGCCGAGAGCGCGGCGCCCGGGCCUGGCGCCGAGCCUGAGCCCGCCGGACGGGAGGCGGCCCCGCCGCGGGCUCGGCUCCGGCCCCAGCCCCGCCAGCAUGGCCGGCCGUACCGUACGGGCCGAGACCCGGAGCCGGGCCAAGGAUGACAUCAAGAAGGUGAUGGCGACCAUCGAGAAGGUCCGGAGAUGGGAGAAGCGAUGGGUGACUGUGGGCGACACUUCCCUUCGUAUCUUCAAGUGGGUGCCAGUGGUGGACCCCCAGGAGGAGGAGCGAAGGCGGGCAGGUGGCGGGGCAGAGAGAUCCCGUGGCCGGGAACGUCGGGGCAGGGGCGCCAGUCCCCGAGGGGGUGGCCCUCUCAUCCUGCUGGAUCUCAAUGAUGAGAACAGCAACCAGAGUUUCCAUUCGGAAGGUUCCCUGCAAAAGGGCACAGAGCCCAGUCCUGGGGGCACCCCCCAGCCCAGCCGCCCCGUGUCACCUGCUGGACCCCCAGAAGGGGUCCCUGAGGAGGCUCAGCCCCCACGGCUGGGCCAAGAGAGAGAUCCCGGGGGCAUAACUGCUGGCAGCACCGACGAACCCCCAAUGCUGACCAAGGAGGAACCUGUUCCAGAACUGCUGGAAGCUGAGGCCCCCGAAGCUUACCCCGUCUUUGAGCCAGUGCCACCUGUCCCUGAGGCAGCCCAGGGUGACACAGAGGACUCGGAGGGCGCCCCCCCACUCAAGCGCAUCUGCCCAAAUGCCCCCGACCCCUGAGAAGCCGGCCUGCCUGUCCUGUUGCCCCAGGGGCCCCUUUGGCUUUUUACAAAUAAAGACCCUUUUGUAA